AUGUCAGGCGUAAACAGUACCACUGCUGCACUGGGCGGGCGCAUGACUCCCUCCGAGGUUGGCAAGCAAGCUGCCGCCGAGGCCGACAUUCACGACUUUUUGCGCGAAGCGGGCGAUGCGCUGAGCUCGAAUACGGGCCCGGCCUCUGCAGCCGCUCAGAUGCCACGCAGGAAGAUGCUUCAGUCACAGGACGCCGCCUACAUGGCGCCUGUCAAAACCGUGCGGAUACAAGACCCAGGCUUACCGUUACAAUCUUUCCGCAGACCAUCCUCACCGGUAUCACGAUCAUAUCACCCCACAGGCUCUUCAGUAUCUGGCCUUUCGCGGACGCCUUCAAUAUUGGAUAGCGCUCCCAAUUUUUCACCGCCAGUCGACGACGACUAUGUGCCAUACCGACGGCCCUUGUCACCCGAUCGACCGUAUUCACCCACACGCACAUCCGUCGACUACUCGCGACCGCCGGCUUCAGUAAAUUCGUAUGAGCCAGUAGACCUCCAUGGCAACCCACGACCAGGCAGCCCCACGCGGCCGCUGCCUCCUGCGCCAUUGUUCACGCAUGGCGGUCGUCCCAGAUCGCGAGACUCGCAAGGCACCAUGGACAUGACCGACAUGCAAUCGAUAGGUAUCCACGACGACGACGAUCCUUUUACUGAAGUGGGUGAUGAUCGGCCCGACUUGCGUUCGCGCGACUCGUACAUGUCUGACGACACUUACACGGACGUCUACACCGAGGUAGACGAAAAGGCGGAUCACUAUGGGCCGGCCCCAGACGGUGCGCAAGCAAGACGAGGUGCGCGAGACGCAGUAAUGACCAAGAAGGAGGUUCGCUUGAUCAACGGAGAGCUUAUUUUGGAGUGCAAGAUUCCCACCAUCUUAUACAGUUUCCUCCCAAGACGCGAUGACAUUGAAUUCACCCACAUGCGAUACACGGCCGUUACCUGUGACCCAGACGACUUUAUCGAUCGUGGCUACAAGUUGCGCCAAAACAUUGGCAACCAGCGUGAGACGGAAGUCUUCAUCGCCGUCACCAUGUACAACGAGAACGAGAUCGACUUUACGCGCACAAUGCAUGGUGUCAUGCAAAACAUCAGCCACUUCUGCUCGCGCAUGAAGUCGAGAACGUGGGGCAAGGAUGGAUGGCAGAAGAUCGUCGUAUGCAUCAUUGCCGACGGUCGUGGAAAGGUCCAUCCUCGAACACUGGACGCCAUUGCAGCCAUGGGCUGCUUCCAGGAGGGCAUUGCGAAGAACCACGUCAACCAGAAGGAAGUCACGGCCCACGUAUACGAAUACACAACACAGGUCUCUUUGGACUCUGACCUCAAGUUCAAGGGCGCCGAAAAGGGCAUUGUGCCGUGUCAAAUGAUCUUCUGUUUGAAGGAGCGCAAUUCCAAGAAACUAAACUCCCAUCGUUGGUUCUUCAAUGCUUUUGGUCGCGCACUCAACCCCAACGUUUGUAUCCUGCUCGAUGUUGGAACCAAGCCAGGACCCAAGGCUCUCUAUCAUUUGUGGAAAGCGUUCGACACUGACUCGUCAGUUGCCGGAGCUGCUGGAGAGAUCAAGGCUGGCAAGGGAAAAGCAUGGCUCGGUCUUUUGAACCCGCUUGUUGCGUCGCAGAACUUUGAAUACAAAAUGUCCAAUAUCUUGGACAAGCCUCUGGAGUCUGUGUUUGGUUACAUCACUGUGUUGCCAGGUGCCCUUUCAGCGUACCGCUACCACGCGUUGCAGAAUGAUCACACCGGUCACGGUCCCCUCAGCCAGUACUUUAAAGGUGAGACACUGCACGGCCAAGAUGCUGAUGUCUUUACUGCCAACAUGUACUUGGCUGAAGAUCGUAUUCUGUGUUGGGAGCUUGUAGCAAAGCGCAGCGAGCAAUGGGUCUUGAAGUAUGUCAAAGCGGCGACUGGAGAGACGGAUGUGCCAGACGCUGUUCCCGAGUUCAUUUCCCAGCGUCGUCGUUGGCUCAACGGUGCCUUCUUUGCUGCCGUGUACUCGCUUCUUCACUUCAAGCAGGUGUGGGCAACUGACCAUACCAUCUGGCGCAAGAUCCUCCUCCACAUCGAAUUCGUCUACCAGUUUGUGCAACUCUUGUUCACUUUCUUCUCGCUUGCCAACUUCUACCUGACCUUCUACUUUGUCGCUGGUUCCCUCGCAGAUCCGGAAAUGGAUCCAUUUGGCCACAACAUUGGAAAAAUCAUCUUCUACAUCCUACGAUACACUUGCACGCUACUCAUCUGCAUGCAAUUCAUCCUGUCCAUGGGUAACCGACCUCAGGGUGCGAAGAAGAUGUUUUUCUGGAGUAUGAUCAUCUAUGGCAUUAUUAUGGCCUAUACCACGUUCGCUUCCUUCUACAUCGUCAUCGUCCAGCUGAGAGACCCCAAGGCCGAAAAGUCACUCGGGUCAAACGUCUUCACCAACCUUAUCGUAUCAACGGCAACUACAAUCGGUCUCUACUUCCUCAUGUCUUUCAUGUACCUGGAUCCAUGGCAUAUGUUUACGUCCAGUGCACAGUACUUUGCGCUCCUUCCGUCUUACAUUGCUACGCUCCAAGUGUAUGCCUUUUGCAACACGCACGACAUCACGUGGGGAACCAAGGGAGACAACGUGGCAAAGACUGAUCUUGGAGACGCCAAAGGAAAGACGAAGAACGUGGUCGAACUCGAGAUGCCAUCUGAGCAACUUGACAUUGACAGUGGCUACGAUGAAGCGCUGCGCAACCUUCGUGAUCGUGUCGAAGUCCCAGAGCCGCCAAUUUCGGAAUCGCAACAGCAGGAAGAUUACUACCGUGCUGUGAGAACUUACAUGGUGGUUAUUUGGAUGAUUUCAAACGCAAUUCUUGCCAUGACGGUCAGCGAAGCCUACUCGGACCGCAAGGUGACGCACAAUGUCUACCUUACCUUUAUCCUCUGGGCUGUCGCUGGUCUUGCUGUCUUCCGCGCCAUUGGUUCAACAACAUUCCUCAUUAUCAACAGUAUUCAAGCAAUCAUGGAGACGAAACUCAAGUGGCAGGAUAAGAUUGACGAUAAGAAGAGCAACAGAACUGGACUUGGAGGUGGAAGGAAGUAUGGUAGGAACAAGUGGUGGAAGUUUGGAUUUGGCGGUGGCGUGUCGAGCAGCUGGUUCUCUGGCAGCACAAUUUCGAGCAAAAUUAGCAGCAUGACUCCCAGCAACUGGGGUGGAAGCAGUGUUGGAAGAUAGAUGAUGAGGACCUGGGGGAUUUAUCUAAUGGGUAACGUGAAAAGUUGAGUAAGAGUUUACGACUUUACGAGUAAGUUGAACUUCUUUUGGCGUUUUGGGAUAUAUACCUUAGUGUGGGAUGAUACCAGGGCUGAGGGUUUGACGCUCCAGCUCGUCUUUAACGUAGAUAGCUCUAGAUAGCUUUUGUGGAUAAUGAUGAUGAGUUACCUUUC